AUGGGCUGCUGUGGCUGUUCCGGAGGCUGUGGCUCCAGCUGUGGGGGCGGUGGCUCCAGCUGCUGUGUCCCCGUCUGUUGCUGCAAGCCUGUGUGCUGCUGUGUGCCAGCCUGCUCCUGCUCCAGCUGUGGCCAGGGGGGCUGUGGGUCCUGUGGAGGCUGCAAGGGCAGCUGUGGGUCCUGUGGGGGCUCUAAGGGAGGCUGUGGGUCCUGUGGGAGCUGCAAGGGCAGCUGUGGGUCCUGUGGGGCCUCUAAUGGGGGCUGCGGGUCCUGUGGGGGCUGCAAGGGCAGCUGUGGGUCCUGUGGGGGCUCUAAGGGGGGCUGUGGGUCCUGUGGGAGCUGCAAGGGCAGCUGUGGGUCCUGUGGGGCCGCCAAUGGGGGCUGCGGAUCCUGUGGGGGCUGCAAGGGCAGCUGUGGGUCCUGUGGGGGCUCUAAGGGCAGCUGUGGGUCCUGUGGGGGCUCUACGGGUGGCUGUGGGUCCUGUGGAGGCUGUGGCUCCAGCUGUGAGGGCGGCAGCUCUAGCUGCUGUGUCCCCGUGUGCUGCUGCAAGCCCAUGUGCUGCUGUGUUCCAGCCUGCUCCAGCUCCAGCUGUGGACAGGGGGGCUGUGGGUCCUGUGGCUGCUCCCAGUCCAGCUGCUGCAAACCCUGCUGCUCCCAGUCCAGCUGCUGCAAACCCUGCUGCUCCCAGUCCAGCUGCUGUAAUCCCUGCUGCUCCCAGGCCAGCUGCUGUAAUCCUUGUUGCUCUCAGUCCAGCUGCUGCAAACCCUGCUGCUCCCAGUCCAGCUGCUGUAAACCCAUUUGCUGCCAGUGCAAGAUCUGA